UCCCCUAUCUGGGCCCAGAAAAAGGGCUGGAAGCUGAACUUCACUUCCAGCUUCCCCGAGCUCCGUUCCAGCAGCGCCUGGGCUUCCCCAGAACCUGAGCGCUCGCCUUCCCCGCAGCCUUAGCAACCGCGAGGCUGUGGAUACCGCGGGCGGGUUGGGGCUGGAGGCUGCGCGCAGCUCAGGCGCCCCGCGCACGGGCGACCGCAGUGCGGAGCCACCCCGCAAGCGCGACUGUCGCGGCGUCAGCGUGCACGGGCCCCACGCACCCACCCUCCGCACCUGCCGCGGGUCCAAAAGGGAUCCUGCAAAAAUGAGCUAUUCUCACCCCGCUGGAUUACUUGCAGCAUAUAAUAGCCUUACGGAUAAACACCUGGCUGGAUAUUUUAACAAUACAAGAAUAAGGCGGCAUCUCUUAAGAUCAGGGCUGAUCACAAGAAGUGGAAGAAUACUUUCUGAAAAGGAAUACAAACUAAAUAUCAUGAGGAGGGAUCACCAAAAAUACAUCCGGGAGUGCUUGGCCCAGGCGAUUUUCCAUAAGGUUCUUGAUCUGGAGCGUUACCAUCAGCUUGAAAUUAAAAAGAAGCUGGAGACCUUAGCUAGGAAGGAGCGAAUGCAGAGAUUUAAGGGAGAGCACAUGAGAUGGACUAUAGAGAAUAACAGGCCAGUCCUGUCUCCCCGCCCCCCAGUUGGCCCAAAGACUAACCGAGGCCAUAGCGUUCUGGUUGACGGAAGACACUGCGGCCCAGUAACACCGACAACUCCUCGACCAUACACUGCCCCGGGAAAUAUGCAGCCUCCAAUUCGAUUACAGCUUCUUCCCAGUAAUGCUGCAGUAGGAACUGUUCCAAAGAUAACUUCGGGGUCCAGAUCAAAAACCUCAUUGCUGGAAAAUGAAGCUCCGUUUCCCAUUGGGGGCAAGAAGGCAGUGAUGAAGUUCAGGAGCGCUGUGGACAAUUCCCAGGGAAUGCAUCGAUAUCACCUUCCGAACAUUAACAGUUACAUGAUGCCUAUUCCGCCUCCACCUCCUCCCCCCAGUGGAAGACUCGCAAGGGAAAACAGACCUGAAACGUGGAGAAGGAGAAGAUUCCGUCCAACCACUGCUCCAGAUGGCUUAGAACCUCUCUUUACCAGGGAUUCAAGAAGGACUUAUAAAACACCACUGCAUAGUAAUGCAGCUAUUACAAUGAUCUAUUUGGGGAAAAAUGUGCACCUAGCUUAUGAUCACUCAGACUUUCGUGAUGAAAUAAAAGUUUAUCAGCAGCACUGUGGUGGGGAAAACCUGUGCGUCUACAAAGGCAAGCUACUUGAAAAAGAGACCUUCCAGUUUAUUUCCAAAAGGCACCACGGUUUCCCCUUCAGUCUCACCUUUUUCCUGAAUGGGAUACAGGUGAACAGGUUAAGUUCCUGCUGUGAAUAUAAGCAUCGAAAAGGUUCCAGACUUGGAGGCAAACGAGGCUACUUUGGGUUUGUGUGUGUCGAGAGAUCGUCUCCUUGCUACAAGUGCAUUAUUGCAAUGGGCCUUGACAAGAAAACAGCCUCACCAAAACCGAGGAAAGAGAAGAGUAUUGAGAGAAGAGAGGAACCGAAGAAAGGUGAAGGGAAACUGAGGAAGGAGAGAGAGUACCUGAUACCAAGAAGGAAAGAGACGGAGGGGAGCAAAGCCUCUGCUUCCGUCAUUUUUUCAGCUCAAGAACUAAAUAUGGGGGUUGACGAAGUGAGAGGAUUCUGUUUUCCUUGUCAUAGUGGAGAUUUUCUUUUCUCAGAAUAUGAAGAAGAUUUCGAAGUAGAGGAGAAACGAGAUGAGACAGCUAAUGAAGGCGGACAGGCGGAUGGUCAAACGAGUGGAAUGUCAGAGCCACCCUCAGAUGAUGAAACGGGUCUCUUAGACCCUGAGAAGGAGAGCAAAACCUUGUCGCCGAAGGCACCAGAUGCUGACGACAACGUGAAAGAUGAAGAUAUAAAAACUACUUCAUCGACCUCAUCCAGAAGUCACCCGUAUUCUAGUUGCAGUGAAGAUGAAUCUGCAGUGGGGGACAGGGAAGACCAUGCCCACAACAGUCCAAAUGAAAGUGCCAGAAGUUUGUCCUCUCAGGAGUUGAGUGAAAAUGAUGAGCCAGAGAAAUUCCACCUUCCAACUGAGGAUUCCCUAGAAACUGAAAUUGAAGAGCAAGAAAUCAUAAAAGCAGAGGUGGAGACCAAGCCUCUGCCAAUAGAGGAGAACUUGAAGAAUGGUCUUAAAGAAGAAAUGGAGAAAGGAACCCAAGUGAUUGCAGAAGGCUUAUCUGAGAAGUCCAGGGAACGUGUUUCCAAAGAAGGAAAGGAGAAGGAGAGGAGUAAGCUUUGGGAAGGAAGCGCUGCUAAGGUGAAGGGCAAAGAGGCGGGUCCCCGUAGGGUGGAUAAAGGCGGGAAGAAUUCAUUGCCAUCAGCAUAUGACCUGGCUCCUGGAGCACCGAAUAGGAAUUUAGUGGUGGAGGAGAGGGCGGCAUUCAGCUCAAGCAAGGAAUCCAAGCAAGUUAUGUCGCAGGCGUGUACACUGGAGAAGAAGGAAGCAGUGGAGGAAGAUGAAGUUCCCCAACCCAGGGAUGCUGACACAGAGGAAAUAGGGGACAUGGUGCAGUGGGAGAAAGCAGGGGCUAGUGAGAGUCCCCUGGGGCAGUGGAAGCCAACAGCAGAGCGGCCAGCAUUAGUAGAACAGUUUAUGGAGGAAAGAGACAUCCCUGAGGGCAGGGCAGGUGGGGCUGAGGUGGAAGCAGAUGGGGAUGGAAGGCUGGAUAAAGAGGGGUUAAGCCCCAGAGGGCGAGAAGCAGCAAGAGGCUCUGCAGGCCUGGAGGAAGGCGCGGCCCCGGAGGAGCAGGCGUGGAGGCAGACAGCGCUGGAGACAGAGAAGGCAUCUUCUGAAGGGGAGCAGGUUUGGGGGAAGGCCGUGCUCACAAGCGAGGCAGCAGCAAUGACCUUAGAGCCUGUCCAGGAGGCAGCAGCCCCCAGAGAGGCGGCGAGGCCGGAGAAAGAGGAGUCUGAGAGAGGGGAGGCUGUGAGUGAGGCCGGGUCUGAAAAGCCAGGUGUGGAGGACAGCGAAGAGGAAGUGUCCACAGACCUAGAGGACGUGGGACCCGUGGAAGACGCUGCAUCCGAGAGACAGGAUGGUUUAGAAGAGGCAGUACUCAGGGGGAAGGCAUCGACCAGAGAGACGAAGGCCGUUAGGGGCACGGGAACAUCUGGGAGCUCCUGGACCUGCGAGAAAGCCCAGGCAACUCGGAUGGGCCUUUCGGAGCACAGCCUGGAAGAACUUUGUAAGCAUGAUGUGGGAAGGGAGGAGGCGCGGCCCGAGGCAGAAUCUAGCAAGGAGGAUGACGCGGAAGACCUGUUACCCGAGGAAUUAGACGUAGCGGGGGAGAGGAGGAAAGCUGAGAGGCCGAAAACGCCGCCGGGGGGAGUGGAACCUGAGAGAGAAGAGGCGACCCGGGCCCGGGCGCUUCAGGAUGGAGGCACUUCAGAAGGAGAGCAAAAGUUGAAAGGGGAAGAAGGGGGACCCGCGAAGGAAGCAGACCCCGAGGAGGAGACGCAGCCCCCCCGGGAUGGAGUAGGAUGUCACGCUGCGGAUGAAGCAGCCCCGGGGGCACCUGAGCGAACGGAAGACACACGGCCCCAGGGAGAAGAGCCACUGGGAGGGAGAGAGGCGACCAUGUUUGAAGCAGCCCCUGGAUGGGAAAACGUCAUGGUUCUGAGGAAAGAGGGAGAAGGGGACAGACUGGGAGGAGCCCGAGACGCAGAGCGCAGAGGCAGAGGGACGGAUGAAGAAGGGCCUUCGCAGGGGCCAGGCGGAGUGGCGGUCACGGCGAGGGCCCAAGAUGUGCCCCAGGGAGAUGCCACGACGGCAGACACGUUGAGUGAAGAAGUGACGGAUGCGCACCUCGGGGAGGAGGCGGAUAAAGAGUGCCCUCUGGGGACAGGGGUGAUGAAGGACGGGGACGCAGAGCGCGUGGGGAGCUUGCGAGCAGCAGUUGUGGCUGAGGAAGAUCUCGGAGCAGGAGGAGUGGCAGAAACGGUCGCCGAGAGGGAGGCGCUGGCAGAGUCCACGACAGCCGAGGGCAAAACAGAAGCAAAUACAGCCUCCGCCUUUUCAGAUGUUGCUGGGGAGGAAACUUGGCACAAAGUGGAUGAGUUGCUAGGAAAAAGGGCAGCUGCAGAGAAGGCGGCUGCAGAGGAAGCAGCGCUGAGCAGGGAGCAGGCGCCAGCGGUGGAGGAGGUGACAGGGACUUGGGCGCCGGAGGCCGAGGUCGAGGCUCCAGGGGAGCCUUCAGACCUGGAAGAAAAGAUCGCACAGCCCUGGCCAGAUCAAGAGGGAGGGGAGGCUGAAAGCACACAGGGGGCAGAGCCGCUGGGAGAGGAGGCAGGGAAGGGGAGCCGAGCUGGGGGGCAGGAGAGGGGUGCAGCUGAAGAAUUCAGACUAGGAUUAUCCCAAGACAGCAGGGCAGAGCCCGGGAGAGAGAGUAGGCAGGACACGGAAACACACCCUGCAAAGCCCGAUUGUCCGGGAACCCAAGAGAAGAAAAGAGAAAGCGAGAACCCGCAUGUUUCCCUGAACGACAACAGGAAGGCCUAAGAGAUCUCCGCUGAUGCUCUCCAAAGUAGCGAGAACCCCAUUUCCCGUACAGGGCCUGGAAGACGGAAUACAGAGGAGAAUGUGCCACCGGGACAGAAGGAAAGGAUCAAACUUGAUUCCAGAAUUCAUUUCCCUUUUAGUGUUUAAAAGGAUGGCUAUGAUUAUUUGCCUUUGAAUGGACACUAUUC